AUGUGUCAAAUGGGUCGAUGCGACCAUGGCGACACGUUCUCUGGACAGCUUCAAAGUAACAAAGAGCCAUACACAUCGACAAACUUAAACCCUUCGUCUUCUUCAACUCUACAACCCCCAAAACAUAGAGACCCAAUGCCUCGCAUGGUAGCACCACCGCCUUCGGGCGAGGAAUUCCAAAUUGCCUUGAGCAGACCAUUCAGCGGCACACCAAUCCAUAAGAUCGAAGUCAUUGGUGCUCCCAACAGCUCCGCCAGCAUCCGCCUUACAAACUACAAUGGCAGCAACAAGUCCUCUGAGAAGAAGGGCGAUCGAUGUUCCCACGUACGCUAUGAUCCCUCACCACUAAACGACGUAAAAGAGCUCAUGUCUCUAAUCUCGACUCUGCGCGGUUUCCCCUCGCACGAGUCCAAGGACAUCUACGGACUGGAUGUAAAAGUCGACUUCAACACCGUCGAGAUCCAGUGGAGUAACCAGGAUGAGGAUCCUGCGGCGGUGGGUGUCGAGGUGGCGGGAGAGCAAAAGGAUGACUUUAAAAGAAUUGUGGAUAGUAUUGAGGCUUUGGCGAGGCAGUUUGCUAAGCAAGACUCUGCUGUGUAG